GAUUUCAGUUAAGGCUAAGAAAUGGAGGAGGUGCUUGGAUUCAAAUCAGCACAUAAAAUUUCAUCGUAACUGCAGAAAAGCGACAGAUUAAAGUUCAGUUUAUAACAGUUCUGCUGUUUACAUUCUUAUAAACAUUAAGCUAAAACUGUGAGGCUGAAAUGCGUAGAACAAAAACUGCUGAAAAUACUUUUGUUGUUCAACUGCCAAGUAAGGCUAUUAACUGCAGGGGUGCAGAAGAGACAGCCUUGUCAGCACAGUUCAACAAUUUUCUCUAAGACUUUUACGUUUUGGUCUUGUGGCUGAAGGACUGUAAACUGCAAUCAAAUGCAGGGAUUGAUUCUACUGACCACCCUCAUCGUAUGUUCUGUUCGGUGAUAACAACAGCUUCUGGAUGUCGGGAAUUGGUUUCAGGGAAUAGCUUGGUUGGGGUGGAAAUAAGCUAGCCAAAUUUCAGUGACACUCACCAUCUGCAGAAAUUGUGAUGAACUUCAGAUAUCUAGUUUUCCUGGUUACAGCCUCAGUGAAUUUAAAGUCAUCAAAUUCAGAAAGUUUUACAAAUGGGGAAGAUAAGGAAUACUACAUCCUUGGAGUUUUUGAUAUUUGCACAAAGCAAAAUUCAACAAACUGGGAAGCACUCAUUUCAGGUUAUGUACUGAAAACCGUGGUCACAAAUCAUAACAUGUCUCAUUUUGGAUAUAUCGUGAUUGUGGAAUGUGGUGAGAAAGAAGGUUAUUACAUUGAAAAGGUACAAGAACUGCGCAGUAAAAAUAACACAAUAAUUGCUGUUGUCUCCUCCAUAUAUACAGAACAGUGGGAAAACAUAUUUGAAGAUAUUCCACAGAUCGCAGUCUCCCAUUUAACAUUUGACAUGCUGACCCAUGUGAUAAAGCUGGAUGGACCAGUGCCAACACAGGAUAUUACUGCAUCCCUCCUCGACUUUAUUCACUCCAAAGGCUGGAAAGUUUUCAAUGUGGUUUCUAGUUCUGAUGCCUUGUAUAAGCAAGUGGCAGAUGCUUUACGAUUCACAAGCAAAGGAGGUAUAUGUGUGGAGAAAUACAUUCUGCUAUGUACAACACAAAACAGAGCCAUAACAGUGGCAAUUACAGAGUUAAUGGGAAAGAAGCACAUAACCAAUAUUACAAUCGUCUUAGGCAAUGCUGGGCUGAUAUAUUCUGUGCUAGAUAAAAGGGAAGAAUUGAAUGUUUAUGGCUUGCAGUUUGUGUUCUGCUGCCUCUGGAAAGAUGAAUUAGAAGGAAUGCUGGAUAUGAAGAGUUACCUGAAGACAUGGAAACGCAGAGAUGAUAUUUUUAUUGUAUUUAAAAAUCGCAUGAUCCUAAAUGUUGAUGAUUUCCUUGAUAGUUUUUCAAAGGCUCGAGCAGAAAACUCAAGCAUAGGUCAUCCUAGUGCAUGUGAUACAUAUGAAGAAUUUAUCUACUGUUAUUUACCAGACAAAAGUGACCUAGAUUACAGCAGAAUUCGUCUUGAGCUUAUACUUUUUGAAGAACCGGCUUCUCAAAUGCUCGUGUGGCUAGAAAGAAUUAUCAGUGUUAUGGAGCACUGGAAUGGAAGUACAGGUAGCACCACUGGGGAUACUCUCUACAGCUUUUUUCAGAAGUAUGAACUGCCACCAGAGUUGACUGGACUUGAACUGUCUGUUUUUAGAGAGCACAAUAAUAUACUCAUUCCUGUUAAUAUAUCUGACGAGGAAAUGAGUAACUGGCAGAAUUCAGCUGCCUGUUGGAGUGAAUGUGCCAAAGGACAGCACUUAGUGAAAUACUCACGGUGUUGUAAUAACUGCAGUCAGUGUGAACCAGGGACUUACGGUUAUGGGAAUGAAACUAUAUGCAAAAACUGUUCACAUCAGCAAUGGUCACUUAGAGGAAGCUCUGAAUGCAGCAAUAAAACCAUCAUUUAUCUGUACUGGGACAGUCCAGAAGCAAUUUCAUUCCUGGUACUUGCAAUUACUGGAGGAAUUUUGACCAUUUUGGUUCUGGUUAUAUACAUUAAAAAUUCAGACUCUCCAAUUAUAAAAAUAUCUGGUGGUUUCAUUUUCACUUGCAACUUACUGGGGCUCUUCUGCUGCUUCUUGUCUGUACUGCUCUUCAUAGGUGAACCAACAGAUUGGAAAUGCAAUCACCAAGUAUCUGUUUUUGGGCUAAGUUUUUCACUCUGCCUUUCCAGUGUACUUGCAAAAAGUUGCCGCAUACUAAUGGCAUUUGCAGGCACGACAAGCAAACCAACUAAAACUGAGACAAAGCUUUAUAUUUCUGUUAUUGUGGUUGGCCCUGUAAUCCAAGCUUUAAUUUGUCUUUCAUGGAUGCUGAUGGAGCCAGUAAAAGUCUCAGAAGAACAUCAUCUAGAAAGUAUUCACAUCAUUUGCUCCAGUCCAUCGCAGCUUUGGCUUGCACUAGUCAUUGGAUACUUAUGUUUACUGGCUCUGUUUUCCUGUUUCUGUGCAAUAAAAAGUAAGACUCUCCCCUCCAAUUUUAACAAUGCUAACAUGAUAGCAUUCAGCAUGCUAAUUUUCUUUUGUGUUUGGCUAUCUGUUAUACCUGCACUAGCUGCCAAAAGGGACAAAACCACUACAGUCAUGAUGAUUAUUGCUAUCUUAGCAUCUGCUUUUGGAUGCCUGGCUAGUUUAUUUUUCUACAAUUGUUAUGUAAUCCUAUUACACCCAGAGAGAAACACAAGUGCAUGGAUUAAGCAAACAAAUUUUAACUACUGUGCAAUCAUUGCACAUAAGGCUAGCCUUAACAUCCAGCUGUGUGAAAACAAUGACACUCAAAUGAACUUACUGACAGCUGUUUCAGAAUAAAGGGGGAAGCCUCAGUUUUUAUAUGUGAGAGAGGAGGCAGUACAAAGGAAAUUGUGUAUGCAAGAAACAGCCCUAAAUCCAGGAUAAUUUCCAGAUGACUCCUGAAAAUACAAGAACUUAAAUCAUGGGUCAAUAAGAAUGCAGGUUGACCAGUACAAUGCAAUAAUUCAGUCACAGGUUUCAAGUUUGCAAGCUGGUAUCUUAUUUACUGUUGUAUAUUGUUUAUGAUAUUAAAAAAGAGAUCAAGCCUAGAUGUUAAGACUAACUCAUCAUACCUUUUUCUAAGUAGAAACGCUUUACUAUUUUUACAGUCAUGCUACAACAAAUAGAAUGGAAAUUAAUAGACUAGUUUACUUUAUUCUAACAGAUUAAUUUGACUGGAUCUGUUAGUUGAUCUGAAAAUGCAGAUUCAUAUGAAAAACCUAAGAAAUUAAUAAAAGCUAGCUGGUGGUAAAUAAAAUUUCUAUACAAGUCUGCUUUAUGUGUGGAAGUUUAGUUUUUAUUAUGUUUUAUAGUAAUAAACAUAUUUGCAAUGUUUGAGAUCGACAAGGAUCAGGGCACUAACAAAAUAUUUGGAUUUAUGAAAGUGGAAAAGUAUAGAAUUAAACUGAAUGACAAAAAAUGUCUGUUUCUAAAUGUGUUCUAAAUAUAGAAAACAACAUUAUGUCAUUGCAUUCUUUUCUGCAUUACAGAACAGAACUAUAGGACGUCCAAUAAAAUGUGUUGUUGAGAUAAUUAUUUCAGUAUCACGUUUUUCCAGCAGUGAGGUAAUAGGCUAAACAGUGACCAGUUUUGGAGCAGCAAGACCCUUUACAUCCCCUUUGUUUCACCAUUUAUACUAAAAAGAUUUUAUAUCAAACCACAACUCCUUCAUUAAAACUGUUUUGCAUUGUUUCCUUUAUUUUUUAAAUAAACACUCUUAUAAAUCCA